AGUCAGCAACGACUGCCGUACCGGUGGGCUGAUCUCGCCGCAGGUACAGCAUCGCCAUGGACACUCAAAAAAAAUAUCAAGACCUUGGUACAUCAUCCAAGAAUAAGUCCUGUCAGAAAUGCUACGAUUCAAAGAGUAAAUGCGACUUUAGCCUUCCUUGCGAGAGG